UGCCUCUCUCUCCUUCGCAAGAUCAUCUUCUAUGAAGGCCACAACUCCCAGGGCCGCCACUGGGAGUGUAGCAGCGACUGCGUGGACACCUUCAGGCACUUCAACUGCUGUAAUUCCAUCCGUGUCAGUGGUGGCCACUGGGUGGCCUAUGAGAAGCCUUACUACAUGGGUUACCAGUACAUCCUCAGCUCUGGCGAUUACCCUGACUACAACUGCUGGAUGGGCUUCAACAACUGCAUCCGCUCCUGCCAGAUGUUCCCCCCUUAUAGAGGAUCCUACAGGAUGAAGAUCUAUAAUAGUCCUGACAUGAUGGGACACACAAUGGAGUUCACGGAUGACUGCCCCAGUGUCUAUGAGCGCUUCCACUACCGUGACAUUUACUCCUGCAACGUCAUGGAGGGUUACUGGAUCUUCUACGAGCACCCUAACUACAGGGGACGCCAAUAUUUCCUGCGCCCUGGAGAGUACAGGGCCUGUGGUGACUGGGGCUGCCACAACCCCAUUGUGGGCUCAUUCAGAAGGAUGAGGACUCUCAUGUAA